UAAGUAGUGUGCAGGUUGUGACAGGAGGGGGUAAAAGUGAUAGCUUUUAAAGAAGAAGACAGGCUUAGCAGCCAUUUUUUAAGCUGCUGUGAAAGGACGGUUUAGUACUCUGUGACUCACCUGUGCUCAUGGCUGCACUGUUUUCUCCAGAAGUGAGGCUGAUCCUCUUCACAGUGCUGUUCUUGAUGAUCAGUGCUGAUGCAAAAGAGAAAGGCUUAAAAACACUGAAAAGAGCAAAAAGAGAAUGGAUCCUUCCUCCUGCCAAGCUGAAGGAGAACCAUAACUACACCCAUCUGGAAUUCAUUGCAAAGAUCCGCUCUGACAGAGAUAAACAGUGGAAGGUGGAAUACUCCCUGACAGGAGCAGGAGCUGACAAACCCCCUUUCAAUCUGUUUGUGGUGGAUCACAACACGGGAUUUAUACGAAUAACUGAUAUUCUGGACAGGGAAAAAUAUCCUUCAUACAAUCUAACAGGCAUUGCUAAAUUCAAGGAUGGAAAUUCAGCGGAGGAAAACAUUCCCCUGACUGUUACUGUACUGGAUGAAAAUGAUAAUUCCCCUUAUUUUGUUCUCCACAAAGGCAAUGUCACAGAGGCAAGCACAGAAGGAACAUUUGUUAUGCAAAUCGAAGGUAAGGAUGAUGAUGAGGCUGGAACAAUAAAUUCAGAGAUCGCCUACACCAUUAUCAGUCAAGAACCGGCUGGCAAAGGUCACAUGUUCACUAUAGACAAAAAGACAGGGAAAUUAUUUGUUAAAGAGCCCACUCUGGACAGAGAGACAUAUGAUUUCUACAAGCUCGUUGUUAAAGGAACUGAUAUGGGAGGUGCACCAUCAGGGAAAACAGGGACAGGAACUGUGGAAAUCAAAGUCACAGAUAUCAAUGACAACAUCCCCACUCUAGAAAAAUCAGAGUACGCCGGCUCUGUGGAUGAAAAUGUUGCUGAUGUUGUUGUGAUGAGAAUCAAAGCUUUGGACAAAGACCUUCCACACACAAAGAACUGGCUGACUGUAUUUACCAUUGCCCAAGGAAAUGAGGAUAACCUGUUUUCCAUUGAAACGGACAAAGAAACCAACGAGGGUAUCCUAAAGCUGAUCAAGCCAGUGGAUUUUGAAGAAGUACAGAAUCUUGAGCUGGGCCUUAUCAUUGAAAAUGUAGCUCCUUUUGUAGAAGGUGGCCCAAUAAAAAUGGAUGUGGAUGUUCAGGUUGGAGAGGGGGGUCCUCUGGCUGCUGGAGCAGCUGCUGGAGCCGGAGCCGGAGCCGGAGCCGGAGCUGGAGUCGGAGUUGGAGCUGGUGUGGAUUUAGGAGUAGACCUCGGGCUAGAUGUGGGCUUGGAUGCUGAUCUAGGUGUAGAUGCAGGUCUGGAUGCAGGACUGGAUGUAGGUCUGGAUGUAGGUCUGGAUGCAGGUCUGGAUGCAGGACUGGAUGCAGGACUGGAUGCAGGACUUAAACCACAGGGAGGAGCUGGGCCUGGAGUUGGACUUAAGCCUGCUGUUGGACCUGGAGUUGGUGUGGGGCUUAAGCCAGGUAUUAAACCCGGUCUCAAGCCAGGGCCAAGACCAGGAUCCAAGCCUAAGCCAAAAGCACCAGGAAAAAGCUAUCCUAUAAAAAUAGCUGUAAAUAAUGUGCCAGAGGGUCCAGCAUUUAGACCCGACACCAAGAAAGUACCUGUAUCUGAGGAUCCAAAUGAGGCACCAGCAGACGGUGUGAUUACUUCGUUCCCAGCAGUUGAUCCAGAUACUGGAAAAGUAGCUGAUGAUGUCAGCUAUGCCAAAGCUUAUGAUCCAGAUAACUGGUUUACUGUUGAUGAACAGACAGCGGAAAUUAAACUCAACAAACAACCAGACCGAGAGUCACCCUUCUUAGUGAAUGGUACCUAUAUUGCCAAAAUUUUGGCAAUAUCAAAAGACAUGCCAGCAAAGACAGCCACUGGAACAAUAGCCAUUCAAGUCACUGACUCCAAUGACCACUGUCCCACUUUGACCACUACUUACACCAAUCUAUGCUCUGAUAAGAAGACUGUGUAUGUUACUGCAUUUGAUGAAGAUGUCAGUCCAAAUGCUGCUCCAUUCACUUUUCAAAUUAUACCAGAAGGUACUCGAGGCAAUUGGGAAAUAGAAGUCAUCAAUGAUACAACAGCUGCUCUUCAUUCAGCCAAAGCACUGUGGCCUGGCAGAUAUGAACUGCAAGUAGAGGUGAAAGAUGCUCAGGGUCUGUCCUGCAAAGAGGAACGGGUGUUUACUGUGGAUGUCUGUACCUGUGUGGGAAAAGAAGACUGCAGAUCAAAGGCAUAGGGAGAAGCCCGUUCAUCUGACUCUAGACGUGCCAUUGGUCCAAUCGUAACAGCUUUGUUCUUAUUGAUGUUGAUCCCUCUGCUGCUGGUGUUUUGUCAGUGUGGAGGGGCAAACACCAUCUUCUCAGAACAGUUUAGUGAUCUGCCAUUUGACACUAAAGAGCACCUAAUAAACUACCAAACUGAAUGCAUAGGAGAGGAUAAGGUGUGUUGGAACCAUUUACUAAUCCAUGUAAAGUGAUACAUGUACCAAUAC